UCUUCUCUCCUCAAAACCCCCUACCCAGCGAAGCCAUCCCGAUCCAAACCCUUGUCGACCUCAUCAAUGUACGGACGCGACUUGACUUGUUGCUUAGGUCUGGGUGGCACAAGGCCGUGUUCAAAUAAGAGGUUUGGGGCCGUGCAACCAGAUCGUUGAUACUCAAACAUGAAAAAAAAAUAAAAAACAAAAAACAAUCAAAGAACAAGCAUAGUUGCAUAUCUGUAAAUUUGAAUCAAAGAACAAAGUUCACAAGCUUGAGUGACCAUACAAGACGCCCAUGGAGGUGAAACCAAGGGGGAGAGAGAGAGAGAGAGAGAGAGAGAGAUGGCGACUUUAUCUGGGUUGGAAAGAGUUAGAUCUAAUGGAGGUGGGGCGGAGCUAUAGGGAGGGUGGGUUGGAGGUCAGGCUGAAAGGCAUGGGAAAUGGGAGAAGAUGAGUUAUUUUAUUUUAUUUAUUUAUUUAAGGUUUUUAGAUUUUUUAUUGUUUUUCAUUUAUUUUAUUAAUUUGAUUUCUUAUGUGGAGUCCAUGUCAGUUAAAAAAUGGGUCCCACAAAUGUCAUGUAAGCAGGUAACGGAUUUUCUGACGAUCUCACUAAUAGAGGGGGCAAAUUAUAGGAUUUCCGUAACGUUGAAUAUGUACUGAUAAAUAUCCCCAAAAUCGGAUAUGAACUCUUAUGAUCCUAUAUGUUGGGGAAUUUUCUGUAGUUUGUCCAAAUUUGUAACAGCCCAUCAGAACGCUACAAAAGAAAGUCGUUUUCAUUUUUCCCUUGCCUUGCACACCAACGAAUCGGACUGGGGCAUACGCGCGUAUUUUAUCCACCACAUUGGUAACUUCAGGACGUCAUCGCAGCCGUUCAUUUCCUUUCAUCUAUUUACCCGUCCCCUUCCCAAGAUUCAUAGUCCUCCAUUCAAUCUUCAGCAGCAGGGUAAAUAAAUCUCUCGAGGCUCGAUUUCCAGCGUAUCCAUGGCAAAGAAACGGGGCAAGGCGUCAAAGGGAAAAGGCCUACCUUUAAGUCACGAUGAUGGGAGUAAAAAGAUAGGGAAGAGUUUAACGAAGAAAAAAAAGAAAUCUAGGAAGAUAAGCGCAUCUUCCAUGCCUACACCUGCACCUGCACCUGUGCUUAACAGUGGCCCUUCUGCUUCCAAUGUUGCUCAUGCUACUUCAUCUAGUCAUGCUAAUCCUACUAUUAGGGAAAAGGUUCGGCCCGAAAAGAAUGAGAAGGAUAGUGGGCAAUCACAUUCUGGUUUUAUAUUCAUGUGUAAUGGAAAAACGAAACCUGAAUGCUAUCGAUAUCGUGUUUUUGGGCUACCCUUGGGAAAGGUAGAAGUUGUAAAGAAGAUUACACCUGGUACAAAGCUAUUUUUAUAUGACUUUGACUUGAAGCUCCUUUAUGGCACAUACAAGGCAACUUCAAAUGGAGGAUUGGAUUUGGAGCCAAUUGCGUUUAAGGGGAAAUUUCCUGCACAGGUCAGAUUUAAGAUUUUCCAGGACUGUUUACCGCUUCCGGAAAAUGCCUUCAAAGUAGCUAUCAAAGACAACUAUCAGGGAGGUUCCAAAUUUAAGCAAGAGCUCAAUAACAAACAGGUGCAUGCUUUAAUCUCAUUGUUCCGCCCAAUCACUGCAUCUGUGCCUACUCCUGCUGCCCCUCUCCCAGAUGUGGCUAGAUCAGGCUCAUUUCGAUCUCCUAUUACAGAAGAAGAAUAUCAUCCAACAGCAAAACUGUGUCUUCAAAAGGGCUCCUAUUUACCUGGCGUGCAAUGUACUCAUGAAUUACCAAUCUAUAUGCAAUCCAAGCAGGUAGUCAGAUAUCCACUUUACGAUAAAUAUGAGGCUGAAACACACGUGGCACAUGCACAGCCUCCUACAGAACCUCGACAUGUUGUUCAGCGUGCUUCUCUUCCUCAUCAUGCCGAUUCCUAUUAUUUAGCAGCAGAACAUGAGCCAUACUUGCCUGAACAACCUUUCCUGUCUUAUCAGGAUGCAUAUAGAAGGUAUGGGGUCACACUUGAGGAUGAGAUGGUUCCCAGGGAUCAAGUUGUUACGUAUAGAAGCGUGUAUGACAGGUCACAGUUGCGGCAGGGAAGGGAGCGAGAUGUUUUUGCCCAUUCCGAUUAUGCUGCUGAAUCGUAUAGUCGAGAGUUGCCCACUGCUGCAGCCUCACGUGUUAUGUUGCAAUCACAUUCUUUAGCACCAUCUUAUGAAUGGCCAUCAACUUACCAACCGUAUUAUCAAGUGACAGCCCAUCAGGAUCAGAGCUGGGUGUAUGCUGAUCCUCUUCAAAGACCAUUGCAUGGUAGCUCUAACUCAGUUGAGGGAAAUGUGCCAAUCUCUUCACGCUUUUCUUGCACCGGAUCUGCCCUUUACCACUGAACGAGACUUGGAUGUGCAGAUUUAUCUCAAGUCACACUGGUAUGGUUUGUGGUUGCUUUAUUGUCAAAUGCCGAUUAGAACUCACGAUACAAUGAUCGUACGUUGUCUUUAGUUUCCUGCCAGAGAACAGUUUAUUCUUUUUAUUUUUAUUUUUCCUAAAAGGUUUGUAUAGAAGGGAAGCUACUGGUGCCCUGUUGUCAUUGUGUACAAAGCAUUGGUCCUUUUAAGACAUCCUGAGGCAUAAUGUAGAGCGCAGAGCAACCAAAUAAAUUAGAUGAGCGUAGCUUUUAGUUUUUCCAAAAGCACUCUCAAACCGACCCUAAAA